GCGGAGCCGGGGCCGUGCUGGUUGUGCCGUAUCCGGAGCCAUGCCCGGGCUGUGGGAGCGGCUGGCGGGCGGCGAGCGGGGCCGCCUGGAGACCUCCGACUGCGAGUCUCUGGGCAGCGCCUCCGGCUCGGAGGGAGAUGCCGAGUACGCCGAGGGGGUCUCCCUGCCGGACAUGGACCUGGAGCUGCUGCACGACCCCGAGGACGAGCUGCUGUGCGCCAGCCUGAUGGACGUGGUGCAGGCCACGCUGGGCCGGGCCCCGCUGGGCGCCAAGCGCUGCUGGCGGCUCCUGAUGCCGGCCCAGCUGCAGGCGCAGGUGCGGGCGGAGCUGCUGCGCCUGGCGUGCAGCGAACCCUGCGGGCUGCGCGGGGCCCUCCUGGACCUGUGCGUGGAGCACGGCAAGGGCUGCCACGACGUGGGGCACAUCGCCGCCGACCCCGCCGUGGUGCCCACCUUCCAGCUCACCCUGGUGCUCCGGCUGGACUCCCGCCUCUGGCCCAAGAUCCAGGGACUCUUCGCCUCGGGGCCGGCCUUCGCGCCGCUGAAGCUGAGCACGGGCUUCAGGGUGAUGAAGAAGAAGCUGUACAGCUCCGAGCAGCUGCUCAUCGAGGAGUGCUGAUGGGCCGGGCCGGAGGAGCCACUUCCCAAGUGCUUUGGAAGAGCCGGGCAGAGCGUGGCGGCUCCUGGCAGCCGCUGUAGUUUAGGUUAGGCUGGAGUAGGGCUGUAGGUGGAAGUAGUUCGGGCAGGCCGAGGUCCCCGUGGGGCCUGCCCGUGCCGGGACAUCCCUGGCGUGGAGCAGCCGGGACCCAGGCGGAGGUCCCUUCACGCCGUCGAUGAUUGUGGGAUGAUCCCGGCGACCGCGCUCCUGGAGGCGGCAGCGGGGCUGCUGGAGGCGCGCGGGUCUCCUGAUGGCUAAUCAAUCAUGGGGGUUUUUUGUAAACCAGGAUUGUAAUCAAUGGGGUCUCAGGGGGAGGGGGAGCGUGGCAGUGAGUGGCGGCCGAGGGGGUCUGGAUCAAAGGCAAAGCCCAGCUGGAAUUGUGUCUUUGAUCACGAGGGCGAUGGGAGAGGGGCCGGAGGGCAGGACCCCUGGCCCUGACACGCUGGGGGCACUUCGUUGGUUACAGUUUACACUCAUACACUUGAUGUUCAAGUGCGAGAAUUCCUAUGCAAUCGUGUCGGGUGUUUUUUUUACUUUUCUAAUAAAACUUGUCUUGAUUGAUAA